ACAACCCCCCCCUGCUUCAUCCCCGUGCUCAUCAAUCCCACCUCGCCUGGGGAAACUGAGGCCGGGGGGGUGUAGAUGUGUAUGCGUCCCCCCCAUCGGAGCUGAUGCAAGCGCAUCUCCCCGCGCCGCAGUGCCUGGCACACACCCCGCCGGAGAGACGAGAAAAAAUCCUGCUGACAUCAUCUGGGAUGACGGGGCUGAUCCCGCCGCCGGCCCCCCCGGCCCUGCCCCCCCGUUAACGCUCCGCGGCUCCGGGCGCAGCCGCUUUCGUCCCGCUCCAGCCGCGGCUGCCGGAGCGGCGGGGGGGAACCGGGGGGGGCAGCGGCCGCCCAGGCCGGGCCCGGCCGGGCUGCUCUGCCAGCGCCAUGCCGGGGACAGCGGUGACAAACCAGGGGCUGGAGAAGGAAAACGGGAUUCCGGAGGGAGCGGAGGCAGCCCCCCCGGCAGCCGCGGUCCCCCCGCCGAUGCCCGCCAAGGAGGAGGCUCGUCCGCAACCCGAGGGGGCCAGUUGUGACCCCGGCCCCCCUGCCGCCACCCCCCCCGGGGACCCCUGCAGGCCCCCCCUGCCCGCGGACCCCCUGGACACCCGCAUCGUCAUGGGCGAGGAGACGUGUCCCCCAAAUGCUCCCGAGCUCCGGGGGGGGCCCCCCCCGCCCGCUGUGCCUUGUCCCUUCCCCGCUCCCACCAAAGACCCCCCGCCCCACCAAACAGCUGAAGCCCCCCCAGGGAGACCCCCCGUCCCCCCAAACCUGGACCCCGACCUCUUCUUCACCGCCCCCUCCACCCCCGUGCGCAUCGGGGGGUCCCGGCUGCCGCCCCCCCACGAAGAGCAGACGGACGGGGAGAGCGAGGGGCUGUGCUCCCCCCCCACGUCCCCGUCGGGGUCCUACAUGACGGCCGAGGGGGGCAGCUGGGGCUCCUCGGGCACCGCCAGCACCUCCCCGUCCUGCUCCCCCAACCUGGCGGCCGAGGCCGAAGCCAUGGCCAUGGUGGCCGAUGCCGACGUCAUGGCCGCGCUGCCCCCCGGCUUGGAUGAGCCCUCCGCCUUCACCCCGCCGUCUCCCGAUGAGGAGGAUGAGGACGACGGGCCCUUCGCCUCGCUGCGGGAUGAGGAGGAUGAUGAUGACGAUGGGCAGACGCCGGAGGAAGAUGAGGAUGAGUGGGGCGGCGAGGGGCUGAUCCCGGCGGCGCUGCUGCCGUUCCGCGGCAGCCUCCUGUUCCAGGCCGAGGCGGUGGAGAUCGCCCCACGGCUGCCCGGCGCGGCCCCCCUGCCCCUCCCCGGCCGGCACGACGAGGAGGAGGAUGAAGAUGAUGAGGAAGAAGAAGAAGAAGAAGAAGGCGGCAGCACCUCGGCCUCCUUCCUGCGCUCGCUGUCCGAAACCUCCAUCACCGAGGGGGUGGACGAGUCCUUCGCCUUCCGCGAUGACACCUCGGCCUCCUCCGACUCGGCCGCGUACGACGGGGAGGAGGACGAGCGGCUCUACGGCACCGAGCGCCACGCCAUGGGCGCCGAGGGGGGACACGCCGCCUCCAGCGGCCCUGGGGAUGGUGGCAUCGAGCUCCACCUUCACGCCGGCACCACGCCGGAGGGGUCACCCCGGCACCACCCCGGCGAGGAGCCGGCGGGGACUGAGGGACUCGGUGAGGAGGACACCGGUGAGGAGGAUUUCAGUGAGGGGGACAGCGGCGAUGACGCUGGUGGGGAUCUUGGUGCCGAGCAGAUGGAGCUGGGGACGCCGGAGCAGGACGGCAGCGAGACCCCCCCGGUGCCCUCUGGAGUGGAGCCGGAUGGUGAGACGUUCGUCACCUCCUCCUCCUCCUCAGAGCUGGAGGCCUCAGCCCUGGAGACUGAUGUCCCAGGGGGUUGUCCCCUGCCCGAGCCCCCCCAGCUCCCGGAGGAGCCGGCGAGGAUGGUAAAGGAUGAUCCUGGUGUCCACCAGCCCCGUGGCCUCUGUGCCGGGGAGCACAGGGGCCCCCCAACUGAUGGGCUGGGGGUAGACAGUGACAUGGCACCGGCCAACGGGGAGCCCCAGGGUGGCCCUGGGAGUGAUGGGGAAGAUGGUGGCGACAGCGACCAUGAGCCUGGCACCGUGAGAUCGGGGAGCACUGAGCCAGCAGCCACCGAUGGCCACGAUGAGCUGGACAUGGUGGCCACUGACCCUGGCCCUGUGCCACUGGUGACACCCAGCCCACUGGACACCAUGACCACUGAGCCGGUGCCAUCGGUGACACCCAGCCCACCGGACACCAUGACCACUGAGCCAGUGCCAUCGGUGACACCCAGCCCACCGGACGCCGUGACCACUGAGCCAGUGCCAUCGGUGACACCCAGCCCACUGGACACUGUGACCACUGAGCCGGUGCCAUCGGUGACACCCAGCCCACUGGACACUGUGACCACUGAGCCGGUGCCAUCGGUGACACCCAGCCCACCGGACGCCACGACCACUGAGCCAGUGCCAUCGGUGACACCCAGCCCACCGGACACCAUGACCACUGAGCCAGUGCCAUCGGUGACACCCAGCCCACCGGACACCAUGACCACUGAGCCAGUGCCAUCGGUGACACCCAGCCCACUGGAUGCCGCGACCACUGAGCCAGUGCCAUCGGUGACACCCAGCCCACCGGACGCCGCGACCACUGAGCCAGUGCCAUCGGUGACACCCAGCCCACUGGACACCGUGACCACUGAGCCGGUGCCAUCGGUGACACCCAGCCCACUGGACACCGUGACCACUGAGCCGGUGCCAUCGGUGACACCCAGCCCACCGGACACUGAGACCACUGAGCCAGUGCCAUCGGUGACACCCAGCCCACCGGACACUGAGACCACUGAGCCAGUGUCAUCGGUGACAUCCACCCUGAGAGAUGCUGUGGCCACCGACCUGGUGCCAUCAGUGACACCCAGCCCACUGGACACCGUGACCACUGAGCCAGUGCCAUCGGUGACACCCACCCUGCCAGAUGCUGUGGCCACUGACCUGGUGCCAUCGGUGACACCCAGCCCACCAGAUGAGCCCGACACUGCGGUCACUGACCCUGACCUGGUGACACCCAGCCUGUUAGACACUGUGGCCACUGACCUGGUGGCAUUGGUGACACCCAGCCCACCAGAUGAGCCCGACACCAUGGUCACCAACCCUGACCUGGUGACAUCCAGCCCGCCGGACACCGCAGCCACCAACCUGGCACCGGUGGUGACACCCAGCCUGCCAGAUGAGCCGGACACUGUGGUCACUGACCCUGCACUGGUGACACCAGUGACAUCCAGCCUGUUGGACACCACGACCACCAACCUGGUGCCACCAGUGACAUCCAGCCCGUUGGACACCGCAGCCACCAACCUGGCACCAUUGGUGACACCAAGCCCAGCAGAUGAGCCGGACACUGUGGUCCCUGGCCCUGAGCUGGUGACAACAGUGACAUCCAGUCUAUUGGACACUGUGGCCACCAAUAUGGUCACAUCCAGCCCACCAGACACCAUGGCCACCAGCCUGGUGACAUCCGGCCCGUUGGACACCGUGACCACUGACCAGGGGACAUCCGGCCCGUUGGACACUGUGGCCACCGACCUGGUGACAUCUAGCCCAUUGGACACUGUGGCCACCGACCUGGUGACAUCCGGACCGUUGGACACUGUGGCCACCAACUUGGUGACAUCCAGACCGUUGGACACCAUGACCACCAACCUGGUGACAUCCAGCCCAUUGGAUGCUGUAGCCACCAACUUGGUGACAUCCAGACCGUUGGACACCAUGACCACCAACCUGGUGACAUCCAGCCCAUUGGACACUACAGCCACUGGCCUGGCACAAGUGGUGACAUCUGGUCCAUUGGACACAGUGGCCACUGACCUGGUGCCAUCGAUGACAUCUGGCCCGUUGGACACCGUGGCCAUGGACCUGGUGACAUCGGUGACAUCCAGCCCAUUGGACACCAUGGACCUGGUGACAUCCAGCCCGUUGGACACCGUGGCCACCGAUCUGGCACCAUUGGUGACAUCCAGCCAGCCAGAUGAGCUGGACACAGCGGUCACCGACCCUGACCUGCCAUCGUUGGUGACAUCCACAUCGGAUGAGCCGGAUGCUGCCGCCACAGCCCCGGUGCCACCCGGUGUCACCACCAAGGAUCCAGCACAUGGGGUGACCUCGGAUGGCGAGUCCCCAGAGCCACCAGCGUGUCCCACGCUCCAGGGGCCGCCGGUGGGUGUCACCGAAGCCCCCGAGGAGUGGGACGCGGCCACCGCCUCGUCCGAGGACUCGUCCCCGGAGCUGCUGGACACGUCGCGCUCCCGCACCGACUCCAGCUUCUUCACGGCACCCGAGGACAGCGCGGGGGAGGCGCCGGCCCCCCCCCGGCCCCCCAAAGAGGAUGAGGAGGAUGAAGGCACCGCUGGGCGCUGCCUGGCCCUGUGCCCGCGCCCCCCGCCGCCCCCCGCGCCCCCCACCCUCUUCACGGCCUCGGAGCGGGAGGUGUACGUGGGGACCCCCCCGCAGCCCCUCGAACUGCUCCAAACACCCGGUGCCUUGUUGGGGAGUGAGGGGGGGGCCCGGCAGCAGGUCAGCGCCAUGUUACAGGGCUCCUUCGGGGACCUGCUGCCCCCCUGCCACCCCCACAGGGCUCCCCAGGUGCUGGCAGAGCCCCCGCAGGGUGAUGGGGGGGUAGAGGAGCGUCCCCUGGCCCCCCAAAAACCCCCAAGCGAUGAACCCCCAGCCCAGGCUGGGGACAGCGAUGCCAAAGUCCCGGGGGACAAUGGCCCCCCCAGUGAGGCCCUGGAGGAAGAGGAGGCCAUGGAGGGGGCAGGAUCGGGCCCCCAGCACCCCCUGGCCACCAGCCAGGGUGGGGAUGCUCAACCAGAGGCCCCCCCGGAGCCACCAGCCCCCCAGGAACCCCCCGUGCCCCCCAAAGUCAGCCAAGUGCCUCCUGUCACCGCCACCUCGUCACCGCUGUCACCCCCGUCGCCAUCGGCACCGCGCCCGGCCCGCGGCCCCCCCGACACCUCAGGGCUCCCCCCCAGCGAAGAGCGUCCGUCUGUCCCACCGCCCUCCAGGAAGCACCUCGAGGCCCCCCAGCCCUCCCCGCAGAAGCCUCCGGAACUGGGGGGCCGGCAGGCAGGGCCGGGCAGCCGGGGCGCCCCCCGGGGGUCCCCCCGCUCGGACUCCAGCUCCUCCAGCGAGGGGGAGGCCCCGGUUCCCACGCACCCCGAAAUCCAGCGCCUGCGAGAAGCCGCCGGCAUCGCCCUGCGCCCCGACAGGGCCCCCCUGGCCCCCCAGGGCUGCCAGGCCAACCACAAAGGGUCGUGUAACGAGUCUGAGAGUAACGACGAGUCCAUCCCCGAGCUGGAGGAGCCCGAGGGCUCGGAGCCACCAGCACAGACACAGGCGCCGCUCACCCACUCGCUGGGCACCGGGGAGGAGACGGUCAGCAAGGCCAAGCAGAGCCGGAGCGAGAAGAAGGCCAGGAAGGCCAUGUCCAAGCUGGGGCUGCGGCAGAUCCACGGCGUCACCCGCAUCACCAUCCGCAAGUCCAAGAACAUCCUCUUCGUCAUCACCAAACCCGACGUCUUCAAGAGCCCCGCGUCCGACAUCUACAUCGUCUUCGGGGAAGCCAAGAUCGAGGAUUUGUCACAACAAGUGCACAAAGCGGCGGCGGAGAAGUUCAAGGUGCCGAUGGAGCACUCGCCCCUCAUCACCGAGACGGCGCCCACCCUCACCAUCAAGGAGGAGAGCGAGGAGGAGGAGGAGGUGGACGAGACGGGGCUGGAGGUGCGGGACAUCGAGCUGGUGAUGGCGCAGGCCAACGUCUCGCGGCCCAAAGCCGUGCGGGCGCUUCGGCACAACAACAACGACAUCGUCAACGCCAUUAUGGAGCUGACCAUGUAGCGGCCGGGGGUGUCCCGGCCCCCCUCCCCAUGUAUAGAUGCACAGUUACUCCCCCCCCCACCCCAAAAUCCUUCCCUUGCCCCCCCAUUCUCCUCCUCCACGUCUGUAAUGCUCAAUAAACAGCCUCAUGUAUCACUUGAUUGCA